AGCAAUCUCCACAUCACCCUUUGCUACUAAACCAGACUUUAUUGUUCUGAGGAUUUUGAAUAGAGGGUGGUCUCAGCUGCAAGCAGCAGUAAUCACCUCGUAAGCUGAGAGUUUGCUGGUUACGGCUGGAGAUCCGACGGCUUUCAGUAACAGUUGUUUCUUACAAAAUUGCUGUUACCAUGAAAACUCCCUCAGCAUUCAAGCAACGAAGCGAGAUAAAGCAGUAGGAAAUGAGCAUUAAAUAAGAGGGAAGUAAAACAGUGCCCAGCACUGCCUGUCAGUGCUGCCGUGCACGUUCAUUUUCUGAAAGGACUCCAAAUCAGCAGCUGAAAGAAAACGUUAGGAGAGAAGGAGCUUUGAAAGUGCAAACAACAGCAGGUUUAACUUUCCUAACAGCCACAAUACACCUAGCAAUACUGGGGACACAGUGAGUCUCAAAAUGGACAAGUUGGGAAAGGGUUCUGGAUUCAGGAGAAAUACCUUGGUUAGGUCUUGGCAACCAGCAACCACACCUCUGGGUCAACCAGCCUCAGCUCCAUCUGUGUCUUGCGGCAGCACCCAACCCAGAAGACCUGUCAUUGCACAACCGGCUACUCGGGCCUGGGCAGACGAGCAGGCAGCACUGCAGCAGGACCAGGUUCAACAGGAUAAGAUCUGGAGAGAGUCUGUGGAGGCUGAACAGAGAGCAAGAAAAAUCUGGUACCACAACUGGAGUUUCCUAAAGGACUAUGACCAAAUGGGUAACAAGAAGGAGCAGAAUCCUCUGCCAAACUAUAUGCCUGUGUUCUCAAGCAAAGUUCCCAACUCGACCAACCAGACUGUUGGCAGUCGAAUGAAUACUGAACUUGGCAGGGCUCUGGUAAACAUGGAUUACUUCUUCAGCAGUGGAGCACGGAAGAGGAAACUUGAGGGUGAGCUCCAGCUUUCCUAGUGCUUCAGUAAAAAUACAACCGUAACAGAGCAAGUUGAAUGGUUCUAGCCAACAGACUCCACAGCAUGUAAAAAAUUCCUCAAUCUUUUUCUCAGAGAGACCAACACUACUGUCUAGCACGGACCUUCUUUCAAGAGCAAAGAUCGAUGUUGUCUGACAAUGUCGUAGGAGGCAAUACUCUUUGUAUUUGGGGGGACUGGGCCAUAUAUAGAGAGUUAGCACUACAGAUCUCAUCCAUCUUCCCAUGCAAGUCUACAGUAAGGUUGCCAUGAACAUCAGAAAGAACAAGAUUACAGCCAAAAGGCAAUUUCUUCCUGAACUUUUAUCUCCUGAAAAUAAACAAUUAAUGAAGACCCACUCAGAUGAAUCCCAACAUAAACAAUAUACAUUCAAUUCUGAAAGUCAGUGCAAUAAAAUGCAGCAGCUUGUUGCAUUUCAUGUAGUUAGCCAAGGAUUGAUCAGCCUCUGUCAUCUGCAUGUUUAAGCUUGCUCUAAAGAAUAAAAUUUAAGGCACGUGA